CCAGUGCUCAUUUCACCGAAAAGGAAGCCUUGAUGUCAGAACUGAAGGUCUUGAGUUACCUUGGCAAUCACAUCAAUAUUGUGAACCUGCUCGGAGCCUGUACUAUUGGAGGUCCUACCCUGGUCAUCACUGAGUAUUGCUGUUAUGGCGACCUUUUGAAUUUCCUAAGGAGGAAACGAGACUCCUUUAUUUGCCAGAGGCCUGACGAAGCAGCUGUUUACAAGAACAUCCUCUAUCAGAAAGAACACAUGUAUGAUGCCACCAAUGAGUACAUGGACAUGAAACCAGGAGUUUCUCAAAUCGUCCACGCCAAAACCACUAAAAGACUAGGCUCCUUGGCUAAUCCGGAUGUCACUGUUGCCAUUUUAGAAGAUGAUGAACUGGCUCUGGAUGUUGAAGAUCUCUUAAGUUUUUCUUACCAGGUAGCAAAGGGGAUGAGCUUUCUUUCAGCUAAAAAUUGCAUUCACAGAGACCUGGCAGCAAGGAAUAUAUUACUUACUCAUGGACGGAUAACAAAAAUCUGUGAUUUUGGUCUUGCAAGAGACAUCAGGAAUGACUCAAAUUAUGUGGUCAAAGGAAAUGCACGGCUUCCUGUGAAGUGGAUGGCCCCAGAGAGCAUUUUUGAAUGCGUGUACACCUUCGAGAGCGAUGUUUGGUCUUAUGGAAUUCUGCUUUGGGAACUCUUCUCUUUAGGAAGCAGUCCCUAUCCUGGAAUGCCUGUGGAUUCCAAGUUCUAUAAAAACAUUAAGGAAGGAUACAGAAUGUUUAGUCCAGAAUAUGCACCUCCAGAAAUCUUUAACAUCAUGAAGAGCUGCUGGGAUUCUGAUCCUGUGAAGAGGCCAACUUUUAAGCAAAUUGUACAAUUGAUUGAACAGCAGAUCUCCGACACCACAAGUCACAUUUACUCAAACGUUUCAAACGGCAUUUGUGGUCAAGGAAACGCCACAGAUCACUCCGUAAGAAUUAACUCGGUGGGUAGCAGUGCUUCGUCUACUCAGCCUUUACUCACACACGAGGACGUUUGAAAAUAGACUUCAACCCAACUUGCUGGAGAUUGUACUGUUUCAAAACGACAGUCUGUUGCUCUAGUAGAAGUACUUCAGGAGUUGCUCUGCUUUCUUUUUAAUCACAUACAAAAUUAGACUGCCCGUGACAGCCACACCAUUGUUAACACUGCUUGCUAGGAUUUGUAUAAUUGCUAUGUUAUAGGCAAUGGGUAAUGUAGAAUCAGAUUUGGGAGUGGGAAAUAGCAGUUUCAAAAAUAAGUAUGGAUUGUUGUUGUUUUUUAAAAAAAGAGCAUCAUACAAAAGGCAUCAAAACACCUGAGUCCAAAAUGUUGUUGUGUUGAGCAUGGAAGAGGAAAUAUUUGAGCGAUUUCCAUUAUUUCCCAAAUCUUAAAAGGGUUAGAAGCGAAAGCAAAACAAAAAAAAAACUGACAUUCCAAGAACAAAGAGGCAACACUUGGUUGAGAAAUAGAUCUCGAAUGAGCCUCAAACAGAACUUAUUCCUAGUAGAGAGAGUUGAGGAACUUAUGGCUGUGAAGCAAGCUCGUAGUCAUGGAUGUUAAAAAUUAUAACUUUUGGGAGAACCAUAGAUUCCCUAGGUUUGAGUUACUGCCAGUCCCAUCUUGCUUAAGCCUUAGUUCAGUGUUCCCAAAUGUUUCACUCUAGGCCAGUUUCUCAACCUUGGCAAUUUUAAGAGGUUGUGGACCAGGUAUGAAAUGCUCUAAUCGUCACUACCAGUUUGGAAACGGAAGCUCACACGCGGCGCUUCUGCGCAUGCACAGGGCGUCUGGAUGGGUGGGCGGAGCCCCCUACCACUGCCACUACCAAUUCGCUUGAACGAGGGCGAACUGGCAGAAUACCAUCUCUGGUGUGCACUCAGCUCUCAGAAUUCUCCAGCCAGCUUGCUGUCUAUUUCAGGAAUUCUGGGAGUUGAAAUCCAUACCUCUCAAAGUUGCCCAAAGUUGAAGAAAAACCGCUUGAGCAGAAAAUAUAUAACAUGAGAGGGACACAAAAGAAUCUUCCUGCCUCAUUUCUUCUACAGGGUUGAUAUUAACAGACAUAUUUUCUGUACAGUUUCCUCGUUGCUUUUUUUGCUUAUGUUCAGGGCUGCUCUAUCUGGCCUGCAACUAUCAGAUGAACCACUAGGUGGCAGCAGAGAGUUUUAAGAGUUUUCCAUGUCUCUCUGCUGCCCUUUAGUGGUUUGUUCAGAAUUUGUAGCUCGGAUACGGUAGUCCUGAUGGUUUCCAGCAGCAUGUAUUGGGAAAGGGGAAAAAACAGGCUGUCAUAUGGUGGUUUCCAUAUUAACAAAGUGUCUUCAUUUGUAAGAGAGUGUAAAAAAAUGUAACAUCUAAUAUGGUGGAUUUCCCAGUCUGGUGAAGACAUACUUGUGUUUCAAAACAGUCAUAUAUUCUUUGUGUAGCUCCUGUAGAUUGAGUGAAACGAUGGCUCACUUGUUCAAUUUAUGUAUAUGUGUGACAGGGUGUAUUUAAAUCAGUCGAGUACAUUUGAUAAACUCCAAAUUUUUUAUCAGGAGUGCAUUUUCCUGUACUUUGAAAAAUUAUUACAGGUAAACCAUUUCUUAUUUACAUGAGGCAACAUCUUACUUACCUGUGUUACUGGGUAUUUGGGUAUGUCAGCAUUGAGAAAAAUAACUAAUAACAUGUUUUAAAUCCGAGUAUUGGCAGGUAAAUAUCAGUUAUGUGUAUCCAUUGGCAUUUUUUUUUCUGAAAGUGCAUCUUUCUCUUAAAGGCAAAACAUCCAGGGAAGACUCGAGAAUAAAUCUCCUAACAAAUUCUAAAGUAUUGAUUUAUUUAGAAUCCACUGGGGCUUUCACAUCCUGUUAUUUACAUUUACUGCAUUGUUACGUUUACAUACAUUUCUGAUAAAAGCAGUUAUUUGACCUCCUGAAAUGUUAUUAAACACUUCUCCAGAUGCAAGAUAAUUAAAAUACACCCCUAAUGUCCUCCCCGGGUUAAACGCCAUUAGCCUUUGCAAUCUGAUCUAUAAUUUAAUAUUCUUCUAUGUUGUUUAGCUACCAAAGUGGGCCAGCCAGUUUUAUAGACCCUUUCACUGGAGAUGUUACACUGUUGCACCUUUCCAAAUUUUGCCAGAGGUUUUUUUUGGGGGGGUGGGGGGGUGGCGUAGUCCAAGCUCCCUAAUUGCGGAAGGUUCCCAUUCCCUUCUGUGAAGGGAAUGGACUUCAACCAAGUACUAGGUUCUCCUUGCAACAUGCAGAAGACCUUCGUCUUCUCAUUAAGGGGAAGGUCCUGCCAAGUAUUGGUGUGUACAUCAAAACCUUACCUGCUCAGGGGAGCCAUUGGACCAACCGUUCCAGUUGAGGUGGUUAGGAGAGCUAAAUGCCACCUAUAUGACAACAUUGGAGAAGGCUGUUGUUAGCCCUGUUUUCCCGUUCGGUACCCACAGAAGUCACAACAUCUGACCCUUUCCAAUCUGUGCAAGAAUAUCUGAAACAGAUCCUCCUCCUUACGUAACUCAGCACUGAUAGGCU